CAUACAGUUGUAAGGCAUCAUGAUGGCACUCUCUGUGACUAAGUUCAUGCUACUGGCUGUUACUGUCCUCGCUGUCCACAGAGCAGAGGGACGGCUGGUCUCCAAAUGCGAGCUGAAGAAUGAGCUGGAGGCAGCAUUCCAAUUAAACCAGUCCUUUGGAAACCAGUCCUUUGGAAACCAGUCCUUUGGAAACCAGACCCUUGGAAACCAGUCCACACUGGAUGUUGUGGCAAAGAUUGUCUGUAAGGUACAGCUGACUUCUGGUUUCAACACAAGCCUUGUGACUCAGCUGGCCCCUGCUACCGCUGGUACGAAGAAGCCGGGGUAUGAUAAUUCAAAUCACAAGAACCAGCCUCCCAAGAGACGAGCACGUGAUACCAGGAGACAACAGUCCGAGGGAAAGAAUAAAGGCGAAAAACAAUACGGAAGCUCUGAAAGCGAGGAAGACAAUCAUGGCAACCAUGGCAACGUGACGCCACCCACUCCUACGGUCAGCCUCUACGGCCUCUUCCAGUUGAGUGGUUCUGUGGCUUGUUCGGAUGGUGUCAACCCCUCAAGUAACAUCUGCAAUAUUCCCUGCUCUGCACUGACUGAUGGCAAUAUCUAUGACGAUGUUGCCUGCUACAAGAGAAUCACUGGCAGCAGCCUGAAGCAACCGGAAGGGCUUCCACAGCAGUGUGCCGGAGUUGUGUACUCCACCUACUUCUCAGAAUGUCUGUAAAACAAAGCCAAGGGAGGCAUCACUGCUUGCAAGGUGUUCCAUGAUGAUUCACAUUAACGCUUCCUUCCAAAAUUGCCUUUCGUAACCACUUCUUUGGGUUGGGUUUCCGAAGUUGAGAUUUUUAGCUCAAAAAUGAAUAAGAAAAAAUAAACUUAGCAAGAUUUAAAAUA